UGCCUGGGCAGAGAAAAUCACCGCCUACUGCCUGGGCAGAGAAAAUCACCACCGCCUGCCUGGGCAGAGAAAAUCACCACCGCCUGCCUGGGCAGAGAAAAACACCACCGUCUGCCUGGGCAUCCCAACAUUGAGCCAUCAACACCAGGCAUCAGGGAAGCAUGGAGGACUCAGAAUCGCUAGCCAGCUCGGAUCUCAAGUCCGUGGUCUACACAAGUGCUCAGGAUCUACGGCGACGGACAGUGGAUGAGCCUAGGCACCGGCAGCCGCCGUCGAUACUGGUGACGAAGGAAACGCCUACCGAUGAGUACGACGACCAGGAUGUGCUAGAGGAGCCGCAGAGGUACUACACGACCGACAACACCGUGACGCCAUACCGGACGAUGGACACGUUCACCACGUCGAUCUCACGGAACCCGUUCACGCUGACGAACGAGGAGUCGAUCAUGAACCGCACGCAGACCAGUGACGACAACACCACGCCGCCAAACAGGCUCGUGGACAAGGUGCCCAGGGCAAGGCACACGGUGGACUACCAGGACAUGCUGUGGACGCAGAUCGACAUCCUGGACGACGUUCGUAAGAUGAGUACGGAGACCAGGGAACAGGGCGGCUUCUUCUCCAGGGAGCACAGCGUAGCGAUGUCGUCGCUACGUGAUUCGCAGAGUGCGCUGCUGAAGGAGCUCAAGCUGAGCGACGCUGCCAUGGACAAGAGCGAUGUGCACAGGAGCCUGUGGGAUAGCGAGAGCCUGGACGAGGUGAAGGGGAAGCUCUACAACAGGGAGCAGUUCGACAAGGUACGGGAGAGCCUGGGGGGAGUGAAGCUCGGGCUGGAAGGUGUGAGUGGCACGAUGAGACGGUUUGACAGGAGGGGCAAGGAGUAGUGGGUGGGCUGCCUACGGGCUGUUUUACACUGAGCUGGGCUGCCUACGUUCCUGCCGAACACCAAGCUGGCCCGCCUACGUUCCUGCCUAACUCCCACCUGGCCCGCCUGGCCCGCCUACCGGCCCCAUCGCCCCCGUUCGCUCCAGGCUCGUCCCCGGGGAAAGCCCGCCCACGCCGCUGCCCAUGGGCUGCGGUGUUCCGUCUGGUGAUGGGCGCGCACGCCCACACAGGGCCUCCCUUGCCUGCGCUGUAUAUAAAUGAGGUGAUCACACACUUUGUCGUUUGC